CCUGGCCGCUCCUUGCGGGCGCCCCGAGCCCCCUCCCGGCGAUGGUGCCGCCCGAGGGCGCGUCCGUCCGCCGCCGCCGCUGACCCCGGACCCCCCGCCCCAUGGCCGCCUCGGCGCCGCCCCCACCGGACAAGCUGGAGGGAGGUGGCGGCCCCGCACCGCCCCCUGCGCCGCCCGGCACCGGGAGGAAGCAGGGCAAGGCCGGUCUGCAGAUGAAGAGCCCAGAAAAGAAGCGAAGGAAGUCAAAUACUCAGGGCCCUGCAUACUCACAUCUGACGGAGUUUGCACCACCCCCGACUCCCAUGGUGGAUCACCUGGUUGCAUCCAACCCUUUUGAGGAUGACUUCGGAGCCCCUAAGGUGGGGGGCGCAGCCCCUCCGUUCCUUGGCAGUCCUGUCCCUUUUGGAGGCUUCCGCGUACAGGGGGGCAUGGCAGGCCAGGUACCCCCAGGCUAUGGCACUGGGGGUGGAGGGGGUCCCCAGCCUCUCCGUCGCCAGCCCCCUCCUUUCCCUCCCAAUCCUAUGGGCCCAGCUUUCAACAUGCCCCCCCAGGGCCCUGGCUACGCACCUCCAGGCAACAUGAACUUUCCUGGCCAACCCUUCAACCAGCCUCUGGGCCAAAACUUCAGCCCUCCUGGUGGGCAGAUGAUGCCAGGCCCGGUGGGAGGAUUUGGCCCCAUGAUCUCACCCACCAUGGGACAGCCUCCCAGAGGGGAGCUGGGCCCUCCUUCUCUCCCCCAACGCUUUGCCCAGCCAGGGGCACCUUUUGGCCCUUCUCCUCUCCAGAGACCUGGUCAGGGGCUCCCCAGUCUGCCCCCAAACACAAGUCCCUUCCCUGGUCCGGACCCUGGCUUUCCUGGCCCUGGUGGUGAGGAUGGGGGAAAGCCCUUGAAUCCCCCUGCUCCCACUGCUUUUCCCCCAGAGCCUCACUCAGGCUCCCCAGCUGCUGCCGUUAACGGGAACCAGCCCAGCUUCCCCCCAAACAGCAGUGGGCGGGGGGGGGGAACCCCAGAUGCCAACAGCCUGGCGCCCCCCAGCAAAGCUGGCGGGGGGUCAGGGCCUCAGCCUCCCCCAGGCCUGGUGUACCCGUGUGGCGCCUGUCGCAGCGAGGUGAAUGACGAUCAGGACGCCAUCCUGUGCGAGGCCUCCUGUCAGAAGUGGUUCCAUCGCGAGUGCACAGGCAUGACUGAGAGCGCGUACGGGCUGCUGACCACUGAGGCCUCCGCCGUCUGGGCUUGCGAUCUCUGCCUCAAGACCAAGGAGAUCCAGUCUGUGUACAUCCGCGAGGGCGUGGGGCAGCUGGUGGCUGCUAACGAUGGCUGACCCUGGCGAGGGUGAGGGUUCCCAAGUCUGGCUCUCGGUCCUCGUUGCCACUGGCUUCCUGUCCCCAGGGGGCAGAGACACGGUGGCUCCUGAGGGCAGAGAAGGACCUGAGGCGGGCAGGCGGAAGAGUCCGGAUCACUCGCUUUUCUGGAAAAUUACCUGUACGCGUUGAGAUCUGCAGAGAUCAGGAAACCAAAGCCCUACCAGCGUCGUGGUGGCUCCCAUCUCUGAAGGCCUAGGGGUAUGGCUGCAACAGAGAAGAGGCUGGAAGAAGAUCCGGAGGGCAGGGGUCUCCUCUGUGCAGAUGAUGGACGCCCCAGCACCUGUGCCUAACACUCCUGUCCAGCCCCGCAGCGGCAGCCUUAGUUUUUGGAGUGAAGUGUUAAAGGUUUCUGGCCAGAGGAGUCGGGGUCCCAUCCCCGCGGUAACGCUUUCAUGGGCUUUAGGAGACAGCUUUAGGUAAUAAAUGGGGAAUUUUCCCUUUUCUUACCCUCCCCUUGCCUCGUCCACGACGUACCCAAGCCUCACCCCCUCAGACAACCAAAUAGCUUGGAGAAGCAGGAGAGCGCUCGGCUGGGGCAGUUUCUUGGUGAUUUGGGGCUUCAAGACUGUGCGAAAGAGAUGCUGUCCGGACCUGUGUCCCUCAUACCAAAGCCACUGGCCCUUUCUCAGCCUCUCUCGGGCUUUUAAUGACCAUAUUUUUGCCAAAAAUUGGGAUAUGUGGUCUGACCGGAAUAUUUGAGGUUUGGACUGUCCUGGGACCUGGGACUCUGGUUGUACAGUGCUCCCCAUGCCUCUCCCCCCCCCCCUCGGUUUGUUGCACAGUAGUGUUGGCGCUGGUCUAGAGCUUUCGGCCCCUGUAUCCCUCUGCCUCCCUGGCUUGACUGAAGGAAAGCUUGAAAAGGCAUGGAGCCCUUAUACCUCAUCUCCUGACAAGGCUCCCUGGCCCAGCCCGUGGGGGAGGGAGGCCGUGGGACCGUCAUAGCCAUGGCCCCCGAAGUGCAGUCCAUAGCCUGGGUGUGUUCUACCUUUCUGUAGACCUUUUGGGGCCAGGUGAUCUAGCAGUUCUCACUCCUCUCCGCCAGAGCCCCACACUGGGCUGUAUGUGUCCAUAUACUGAUUCGUAGCCGCUGCCUGCUGGAUGUGGGUCCCGGGCCGGGCUCGUGCACACGGUCCUCAGUGGGGCGGGGAAGCAGGCACACAUGUGGUCUGGCGAGGAGCUAGGGGUUGCCUGCACCCUACACACCCACACACACCCACACCCACCCACCACCCUACACCCCCCCCCCCCCCCCCCCGUGACUUUAGCAUGUGAAGAACUCAGAACUCAUUUGCCUGCACGGGUGGAGCCAGCCGCUUUCGAGGCCGUGGGAAGGGAGGGAGGGGCCUCGGCUUCCCGCCCCCGGUGUCCGGCCUCCCGCCCCCAGCUGUGUGUUGUGUUUGUGGUUCUGUGGCCCCUCUUUUAUCUGUUGCUAUUUUUGUGACGCCCCCCCCCCCCCCCAAUUCCUCCGCCAUCUCCGCCUUUUGUAAGUGGCUCCUGGGGAGGGGUCUGCUCAAUCGCCCCCUCUACACUAUUUGGAAGGAACUGGGGGUGGCAGAGAUGUGGUGGUGGGGGUCUUUUGUACGGUUGGAUUAAUAAAAUGACUUGAAAGUCCA